CUCACAAUGACAGAGGAAGCAUGCAGGACACGAAGUCAGAAACGAGCAUUAGAACGUGAGAUAACGCAUAACGAUGUGGACAGUAAAAAAAUAAAAAUGGAGAAAGGACUAUUGGGAACAGAUAUAAAUGCUGAAAGCGACAUGAAAAUCAAAGCGGAUCCUGGAGCUGGAAAAGUGCAAGGAUUAUUAAAAAGUGGCGAGGUGAAAGCGACCAUUAAAGUGGAGGUUCAGACGGGAGACGAGCCUGUGGACAUGAGUACCUCAAAAAGUGAAAUAAAGAGAGAAAAGCGAGUCCCCUCACCGGACGUUAUAGUGUUAUCCGACAAUGAGCCUUCUAGCCCUAGAAUGAAUGGUUUAACAAAAAUAGCGUUAAAAGAGACCAACACAGAGGCACUCAUGAAAAGCAGCCCAGAGGAGCGUGAGAGAAUGAUUAAACAACUAAAAGAAGAGUUACGGUUAGAAGAAGCAAAGCUUGUUUUAUUGAAAAAGUUACGGCAAAGUCAAAUCCAGAAGGAGACCACUACUCAGAAGCCUGCUGGUUCCUCUGGGAGUGCUGUGGCCACCCCUCCACCCUUGGUGCGGGGACCGCAGAGCGUUCCUGCUGGCAAGCCGUCCCUCCAGACCUCUUCUGCACGUCUGCCAGGCACUGUUAUUCCUCCUCCCUUGGUCCGUGGAGGGCAGCAGACUUCUUCCAAAUUAGGAACUCAGCAAAACACGCAGAUAGUAAUGCCACCUCUGGUCAGGGGAGCACAGCAAAUCCACAACAUCCGACAGCACUCCAGCACGGGGCCGCCUCCGCUGCUGCUGGCGCCGCGGGCGUCGGUCCCCAGCGUUCAAAUUCAGGGGCAGCGAAUUAUCCAGCAGGGGCUGAUCCGCGUCGCCAACGUCCCCAACACCAGCCUGCUGGUCAACAUCCCGCAGGCUUCACCAACUUCCAUCAAAGGUACCACCGUGACAUCGGCUCAGGCGAACGCUACCACGACCAGCGCCGCUUCCAUCGUCAACUCCAACGACUCGCCGGCCAGCCGGCAAGCCGCCGCCAAGCUCGCCUUGCGGAAGCAGCUGGAGAAGACGCUGCUGGAGAUCCCUCCUCCCAAGCCGCCUGCGCCGGAGAUGAACUUCCUCCCCAGCGCAGCUAACAACGAAUUUAUCUACUUAGUCGGGUUGGAAGAAGUUGUGCAGAAUUUGCUGGAAACUCAAGGUAAAGUGUCGGUUCCUGUAUCAUCUCGCGAGCCCUACAUGUGCGCUCAGUGUAAGACUGACUUCACCUGCCGCUGGAGGGAGGAGAAGAACGGAACCAUCAUGUGUGAAACCUGCAUGACAUCCAAUCAGAAAAAGGCCUUGAAAGCGGAGCACACUAACCGACUGAAGGCUGCCUUCGUCAAAGCGCUGCAGCAAGAGCAGGAGAUCGAGCAGAGGAUACUGCAGCAGACGGCGUCUCCCGUGCAGACCAAGUCAGACCCUAUCGUGCAGCACCACUCGCUCAAGCAGGCUGUUGUACUUGAGAGACGGAAGGCUGCUAUGCCUCUCUCACCUUUGCUCUCUUGCCAGACUUCUAGCCAGAUGUCUCGAGGUCCUCCUGGAGCUCCACGAGGAGUGUUGCAUGCAUUUAGCCAGUCACCCAAGUUGCAGAAUGCAUCGUCUGCAGCAGCACUUGGGAGUAGGCCAGGUAAGCAUGCUGAGAGACCUGUCAGCAAGGGCAGCGCUGCCGCCUGGAAGAAGACUCCCAUCAAUACAGGUGGGGCUUUACCUUUUGUUAAUCCUAGUCUAGCUGUGCACAAGUCCUCUUCAGCAGUAGACCGCCAGCGUGAAUAUCUCCUGGAUAUGAUUCCCCCACGGUCCAUCCCACAGUCCGCCACGUGGAAAUAAUGCAGAGGAAUGCCCGAGAGGAAGACUUUCCUGUUUCUGCCAUCCUUUUUAUACCACAUUACAGUGGAAUCUGCUUUAAUCCCAGCUGGAUACGCCCCAGGCUUUCUAGGAUGCAAGAAGACCACUCCUCAUCCCAUCAAGUGCUGCUGUCCCUGCUAUGAGAAAAUGACACCACGUGGGUGGGAAAGACUCAAGCUCAUUUGGUUCUCAGAUUCCGAUGAUUGACUGAUGAUGAAGGCUGUCGGGGAAGGGGAAGAAUUUUUUUUUUUUUCUUUGGCUUUAUGUAUUUAGUUCGGAUUUUUUUGUCACCAGCACAAAAGGAGGACUAAACGACUCUCUGCCUUCGGUUUCUUUAUUAAUAACUACCCAUUCACCAGGAACGUGGUGUUCGUUCGCGAUCGAGCGUGGAUGUCAGCGCAAGGAGAGUGGAAUUUCAACCCGAUCUUGCAGAUGCAUUUAGUGAGCCGAGUUCAUGUUUGCUUUUCUUCCCUGCCCCUCCUCCAGCCAGGAAGGCAGUCUACAGUUUAUAAUGUUUCCAAAUCUUCUGAUGAUGAGCUAAUGAUAAAUAAGUGCAAACUCAAAUUCCAGUUGAGUAUGGUUUUCUUUUUCUAAGGGACUGGUUGCCAGCAAAACUUGUCUGGUAGGUGGGAACCGGUGCAGGAGUCUCUCACUUUUGUUGGAUUCUGUUUCGAAUAGACUUUGAACCGUUGGUAGUCGAAAAAUCUAAUUUACGGAAUAGACAGACACCUUUGUUCGGUCUUUCUAAUUC